AUGGUGGGUGGGAGGAUAGUGCAGGGUUCAAAUUUGAGCAGACAAAGCAGUUUCAAUUUUGGCUCCGAGACAAAAGGACUCCCUUCACGGCCAGCACUGGACAGCAAUACUAGUUUUGGCAUGUCAAGUCUGGAAGUCGAGGAUCAUGAAGACGAAGACGAGCAUUUGAAGGACCCAAGAGACUGGCUCAAGGUCAUUGGGGCCUUCGAGCAGCCGAAGAUGAUGUACAAUGCUACUCAGAAGCAUUUCGACAAUACACAUCUCCUUUUGGGAAUGCUCACUGUUUCGCCAGCAGGAGCAUUAUCACUUUCCGAUCUCACGGGCACAAUCGUGCUGGACAUUCAGCAUGCACGGCCAAUACCAGAAACUGGUGCGUACUUUGCACCAGGCAUGAUUGUACUGGUAGAAGGGAGCUACGAAGAAGAUUCCGGCGUGUCGUCCACCCUAGGAGGUACCGGUGGUAUUGGAGGUACGAUUGGCGGAAAGUUCCUGGGCUUCUCAGUCGGACAUCCACCAUGUGAGCGUCGAACGGCCACUUUGGGUGGCACAGAUGAGAUCGACAAGAGCUCUCUAGCCGGCCCUGCGUUCGGCUGGACCGACUUUCUCGGUGUCGGGUCACAGCGAGCCACUGGCUCAAGGAUGAAUAAGAUCGGCUCCAAACUCCUCGAUCCUGAACAAGCACACAACAUUGUCAUAGCAUCAGACCUCCACCUGGACGUACCAGCAACCUUGACCGCACUUCGAACACUACUCCGCACACAUACACCCGACCCCACUGCUGCGCAUCCCGUCUACCCCCUCGCCAUCAUCCUAAUGGGCAACUUUAGCUCCAAAGCCAGUCUCGCCGGCGUUCCCGGUGCAGGCAGCAUAGAAUACAAAGAACACUUCGACGCCCUCGCCUCCGUCCUCGCCGACUUCCCCCAACUCAUCGCGCACACCACCCUCGUCUUCAUCCCCGGCGACAACGACGCCUGGCCCAGCGCCUUCCUCUCCGGCGCCGCCACACCUCUCCCCCGCAAACCCGUCCCCGCCCUCUUCACCAACCGCAUCCGCCGCGUCAUCGCCGAAGCGAACCGCGAAGUCUGGGGCGCCGGCAAAGCGAAGGGUAAGGAGGGCGAAGUCAUCUGGACCAGCAACCCCAGCCGCCUCAGUUGGUUCGGGGUGAAAGGCGAAAUGGCAAUUAUCCGCGACGACCUCGCGGGCAGAUUACAACGAACGAGCAUCCGCUUCCCCAAACCUGACGAAGAAGUCGACGACGAAAUGCCCUUCGCACCCAGCGCGCAGGACGCCGACGCCGACGCUGAUACCAUGGAUCUCGACCUCCCAGCUUCUCACCACGCCCCAACCCAACAAGCACUCGACCACGACACACUCACUGCGCGCUCCCUAACACGCACAAUCCUCAGCCAGAGCCACCUCUCGCCCUUCCCGCUCUCAGCGCGCCCGCUGCAUUGGGACUUCGCGCAUGUUUUGAAUCUCUAUCCGCUGCCGAAUAGUCUGGUGUUGGCGGAUAGCGAGGCGCCGGCGUUCGUGGUCAAGUAUUGUGGGUGCACGGUUAUGAAUCCGGGGAGCCUGGUGGAGGGGAGGAAAGGGGAGAGGGCGAGGUGGGUGGAGUUUGAUGUUAGGAGUGGGAGUGGGGUUGUUAGGGUGGAGGAAUGA